GCACGAGGAGCCGCAGGGCUUGUUGGACGUGAGGCGGGCGGACGGGCCUCCCCCGCCUGCGCUUGGGUUUUGGCCGGCGGGGAGCGGCGGAGGGCGCCUUCGCGGGGUCGCCAUGGAGGUGAGCGCGGCCCGGGCGGGGUCCGGCGACCCGGCCGACCUGAACAGGCACGACGCGCAGACGGUGCGCGAAGCGCUGGGCCGCUACGAGGAGACGCUCCGCGGCGCCGUCCAGGAGAUCCACGUGGACAUUCAGGCGUUCAAGAGCGGCGUGGACCGGCAGGUGGCCGAAGUGCUGCGGCUGGCCGGCCCGCUGGCCCACACCGUGGCCGAGCUGCAGGAGGACAACCAGCGCUUGCGGGCGCACGUGGAGCGCCUGGGCCAGCAGGUGGAGCGCCUGGGCCGGGCGGCGGGGCUUCCCGAGUCCGCCGCCCCCGCCGCCCCCAGGCAGGGCAGUGCCCGCUUCGCCAGCCGCGCCCAGCUCUCGCUGGCGGGCAGGAGCCAGAGUGUGGACUUUGAAGAUCACAGUGACCCCGAGAGCAAACGAACCCCCAGUUCAGCCGUAACGGAGAAUGGGCACCAGCUGCCAUCAGAAGAUCCUCCACUGGAGGCUCAUGCUCCAGCAGUGUCCGUGCGGAUGCCACAUCUUCCCGUGACAGCUGUUACCAGGACAUCCGAGACUUUCUCAGGAGAAACGGUUGGCUCGUCAGUUGCUCUGAAUUCUCCUGGGGGCCUGCAGAGCAGAUGCCACAAUGAAGCACUGUCAAAACCACCAAACCAAGCAGGUGCUGGCAUGUUGGUUGCAAGUGCUGUGAAGAACUGGAGCCCAAGCCCCGCUGGGACGACAAGCACCUCCGUCACUUCAGAGAAUGUCUCUUCCAUGACCAAGCCCAUGCCAGCUGUGAGCUCUGCAACUCCGGCCCGUGACAGCAGUGCCAGCCAACCGGAUGCAGCUCUGAAGUCCGGCUCCCCACCUCCAGCAGCCCGUCCACAGGUGGAGAGGCGUAGGGAGCUGGUGCGAUCACAGACGCUGCCCCGCACCUCCGGGAUGCAGGCCAGGAAAGCCCUUCUGGAGAAAUUUGAGCAGGAGGGCAGCAAGGGCAGUGGCCAAGGCCGGGCCAAGCUGAAGAGAUCCCAGAGCUUUGGGGUGGCCAGUGCCAGCAGCAUCAAGCAAAUUCUCCUGGAUUGGUGCCGCUCCAAAACCAUCGGCUAUAAGCACAUCGACCUACAGAACUUCUCCUCCAGCUGGAGCGACGGAAUGGCGUUCUGUGCCCUGGUCCAUUCCUUCUUCCCAGAGGCCUUUGAGUACCACAUGCUGGACCCCACCAAGCGCAAGGAGAACUUUGAGCUCGCCUUCACCACGGCGGAGAAAAUGGCUAACUGCGACCGCUUGAUUGAGGUGGACGACAUGAUGCUGAUGGGCCGCAAGCCAGACCCCAUGUGCGUCUUCACCUAUGUGCAGUCGCUCUACAACCACCUCCGACGCUUUGAAUGAGGCUGCAGCGGACAGACCGCCGGGCCCACCAGGACUGCACGGCCCCCACGGCUGCUUUCGUGCCAGCAUGCUGAGAGGGCCCAGGAGCCGAACAGCGCUGCUUCCAUGAGCCAAGGUGAAGGAAAGCGGCGGAUGCUUCCAGCCCCUGGGCCGUUUGCAGGGCUGACGUGCAAGGAUGGAAAAGGCCAACAUGUCCCCCACUUCUCAGUCCUGUGUAGGCUCUUGUGAGCGUUUCCUUUCCUGGCACUGUAAGCUCAGUUGGCCAAGGGGUUCCAGAGUCACCCAGAGACAAUUCAGGCAGAUGGUAUCCGCACCAAACGCACAGCAUGUCCCCCCUCAAGGUGGUUGGGUAGCCAAAGGCAGUGCGUGAAGCCUUGCCUGGGCAAAGAGCCAGGCUCCAGUAGAGAGCAUAAAACCAGAAUGUCUUUUUCUGGGAAGAACUCAGGGUUGCCACGGGUGCUGGUGGAACCUGAACCAGUUCCAAAUGGUGUAACACUGGCACUGCCUUACCUGCACACCUUAGCAGUUCCUGCCCCAAACAAGUGGGCAGUACUGGAUAGGGCAAACUAGACUUUUGGCCCAUGUGGCCCUGGACCUGCCAAGCCAGUCUAGUCUUGCUCUUUCCAAUCAAGCCUCAGUGCCACCCAUUAACGCUGCACCCGAGGGUGUACAUGCUUUGCCUUCAGACACAUGAGAGGGGGGCUGGAGUGCCCGAGGGCCAGAAACAGCAGGGCUCUCUCCCUCUGGCUUUGCCACAGGAGCACCCAUCCCAGGAGGGCCCUACACGGACUGCAUCCCCCUCCUAGGCAGAAUUCAGAAGGAAAAGAGACACCCAGGUCCGUACCCCGCAUCAAAUAUGCAAAUGAAGCAAGCGCUCCUGUGGGAAGGAGCAGUGAGGAAAAUUGUUGGGGGGGAGGCCCCCCCCCCUGCAGGUUUGACUGAUUCAUCAGGAACUUCUUUUUUGCGGAUGCAAGGAAUCCUUCCAUGCUGAUUUUUGUACCAGGAAAACCAAGCUAGUGUUUGCAACAUGUGAGGGGAAGGUAUGAAACACGCACAUGUCACUCAGUGGGACAUGACAUGUCACUCAGGCAUGGCACUCAGUGGGAGCCCAGGAAGAGGUCAUACUUUUCCUGUGUGGUGUUGCAGGUCAGCCAUUACUCUUGAAUCACAUCUGGGUGGGGGGGCGCUUUACCUGCAAGGAAAGGCGCAUUAGCCAUGCUCUAAAAUAUGAGGAUGCCCCCCAAGUGCUCCAGCCCUAUUGGCCAAUUCAGAGUGGUACUGACCGAUGGCACCCCCCAUUUCUAGCUUUGGGGUUUUAAGGUGGGAGGAGCCUUGGGAGUCCCUUGCAGAUGGUCCCUGGAGCUUCUUCACAGGGAGCUGUAGCAUUAAAGACACCUUCAGGCUGAGGAAUGCUGUGAGAGCCUGAUGCUUUCCUGACGCCUUGCGAACCCAAGGAAAUGAGACCUGCUGUGUGGCAACCCUGAAGGGCACGGCUGCCAGGGUGGAGAAGUGCCACCUGUGCUACUCGAAUCUCUCUUCUUGAAGCGAUUGUGCCCCUACCUGCUUCCAGCCUCCCUGCCACUGUCACCCUUCCAGGCUCCUGGAACUGGGCUUCUUUCCUGAUAUGGAAAUAUAUAUAAAAGUGACUUGCUGUAUACAGGUGGCUAUUUCUAAUCAAAUAUACUGAAGGCAGCUUUCUGUUUUAACCCUCA